GUUCACGCCCGGGAGGUAGCCCGGUUCCAAAAGGAAUGCAAUCAACUUUCACCCGGUGGGAAACACGCCUACCCGGGCCAGAUUAAUCGAAUCCUCUCAUUGGUCUAGAGGCACCUUCGUUCCAUAGUAGGUCCAUACUAGUUUGAAAGACGUUGGUGUAGCCUGCUAACACUAAACUUGUAAAUUGCGUCAGCCAGGCUAGCAGCCUUCAUAGUUAAUACAGGCAACGUUAAACCAUGCGCGUUGUAUGAAAUGCCGCGGAAAGAACGGUGCAAGAACCGGGAAACAUUUACUACUAAUCGUCAGUCACCAGUUUUGGAGAUUAUCUGACACAUGCCAAUAAUUCUCUAGCUAGGGAGUUGAAAGAAGGUAGUGUGAAGCCACGCAGGUGUCCUGAGUAGGCUAACACAAGACGCCCCAGACACGGUUUCUAGGGUUUGACUGACCAACAGGACACCUGGGAACAUGUCGGAGAAACGCAGGUCGCGAUGGUAUUUCGGUGGACUAUCCUCAAGUGCUGCUGCCUGCAUUACACACCCCUUGGAUCUGAUCAAGGUGCACCUCCAGACGCAGCAUGAGGUGAGGAUGAGGAUGGUGGGGAUGACUAUGAGUGUGGUGCAGAGAGACGGUGUUCUGGCUCUCUACAGCGGCCUCAGCGCCUCCCUCUGCAGACAGAUGACAUAUUCUCUGUCCCGCUUCGCCAUCUAUGAGACAGUGAGUGAUCAGAUGAAGGACAGGACCCAUGGUCCCAUGCCCUUCUACCAGAAGGUCCUUCUGGGGUUGGUUGGAGGAUUUGCAGGUGGAUUUAUCGGGACCCCAGCAGACAUGGUUAAUGUCAGAAUGCAGAAUGAUGUUAAAGUACCGCUAGAACUCAGGAGAAAUUAUGCCCAUGCACUGGAUGGACUGUUCCGGGUAUGGAAAGAGGAGGGAAUGAAGAAGCUGUUCUCUGGAGCCACAAUGGCAUCCACUAGAGGAGCACUGGUCACUGUUGGACAGCUGGCCUGUUAUGACCAGGCCAAGCAGCUGGUUCUGGGGACUGGAGCCAUGCAGGACAACAUUCUCACACACUUCCUGGCCAGCCUCAUCGCAGGAGGCUGUGCCACUGUCCUGUGCCAACCACUGGAUGUCUUGAAGACCAGGCUGAUGAACUCAAAAGGGGAAUAUGUGGGGCUGCUACACUGUAUGACAGAUACAGCUAAACUGGGACCCAAUGCCUUCUACAAGGGUCUGGUUCCAGCAGGGAUCCGUCUUAUCCCUCACACGGUCCUCACCUUCAUCUUCCUAGAGCAGCUCAGGACCUGCUGCGGCAUCAGGAUCGUCACCUGAGAAUGGUUAGGGGUCACCACCUGAUCACCUUUUGAGUAGUCUGAAAUGUGACCUCUGUGUCAGGACUGCCAGGCCACACCUACUCCCUUUGUUCCCUGUUUUGUUCUACGUGAGCAGGCAGCUUUAAUCCACCUGCAACCUCCCACCUCCCCAUCCUAAAUCCCACCGUCUGGAUACAGCCUAGUGACUGACUGAAAGGGGGGUUCUGGAUACAGCCUAGUGACUGACUGAAAGGGGGGUUUCUGGAUACAACAUAGUGAAUGACUGAAGGGGGGGUUUCUGGAUACAGCCUAGUGAAUGACUGAAAGGGGGGUUUCUGGAUACAGCCUAGUGAAUGACUGAAGGGGGGUUUCUGGAUACAGCCUAGUGAAUGACUGAAAGGGGGGUUUCUGGAUACAGCCUAGUGAAUGACUGAAAGGGGGGUUUCUGGAUACAGCCUAGUGAAUGACUGAAGGGGGGUUUCUGGAUACAGCCUAGUGAAUGACUGAAGGGAAUAGAUCCAUUUGGGACACCGAUUUAAGUAAUCCAUCUGAACUGGAACAGCCUCUGUAGAAUUAACCUGCUAGAGGGCACCGUUACACUGGUCUAUGCGUACUCUGCAGACGUCUAUGAUCGCUGUACCAGGUCUUAACGUGUAUAAGUGGGUCGGUUGUUUGGGAGUGUGUUUGAGGAGUUUUGUUAUUCACGCCACUGCCAAAGAUCCAUAUGUUUUUGUAUUGUAAAAUACAUGUUGCAAGCUGUUUUUAAAUGCCGAUAGGACGAGUGCAUAUUUCACAUUGAUGAUGGCAAGAUGGCUACUUCCUGCUUCAUUUAUGCUCGGUCAGUUGACUGUCAAAACAACAAUGGUAAGAAGCCAGUUUAAUUGUCCAAUGAAUGGACUGAGAAAUAAAGGAAUGUCUGUAUAGUAAUAAAACCAAUAUGUCAAUAAAUAUGCUUGUUACAGAGAUUA